AUGAAUUCAUUAAAUUUGAAUUCCCGCUUCAAGCUAGGACUAGGGAAACGGAAAUCCACCGCCAGCAUCCCCUCUAGCUCGCCUCCUGACAUACCGCGGCCUGCUACGUCGACCCCGACCCCUCCAGCUCAAGCUCAAAUACCGCAGCAGUUCCCACCGGCCCAAACUCUACCCUACCCCCAUCCCGGUUCCGCCCCCUCCAUAGCAGCUUCGUCUUCCCAGACGAGCCUCCCGAUAAUGAACCACCCCGGUGCUGGACCUCGUCCACCUAGUUAUACACCAAAUUUUCAACCUCAACAACCUGUCGGUCGGACAAGUCCUCUAACCCAAGGCCCUACUCGCACUCCUCCAUCCCAAAUGGUCGGUGGUCCUCCUCCCAUCAAUACCGGCGCUCCUGUGUCAGGUUAUCCUCCUCAGAUGCACAUUCAGCCGGGCGCGCAACCUCCUCCAGGUGUUCCUGGUGGCCCUCCUGGAUACGCUGGCUAUCCGCCGCCUGCUCCUGCUCCCCAGCCGACAAAUACCAUGCAGUCAUACGGUCGACCAGCCGCCGAAGUCGAAGGGAAUAGUCGAAGUAAGGCUCAGUUGAUCGUCGGAAUUGACUUUGGCACAACCUUCUCCGGUGUCGCAUUUGCAUUUGCGACCAACAACGAAGCGAAAGAGGACAUCAUCACAGAAUGGCCCGGUGCUGGAUCAUACACAAAACAAAAGAUUCCGACUGUGCUAUACUAUGAUCAAUAUCAGAAAGUCGUCGGAUGGGGCCCGGAUAUCGCUGAUGCUCUAGCGCCGACAGGAUACCCGAAGCCUGGUGUUCAGAAGGUGGAAUGGUUCAAGCUGCAGCUUAUGCUGUCAGGCAACACCUAUAUCGACCCCAUCAACCUACCCCCUCUACCCCCAGGAAAGUCGGAGAUCGACGUAGCCGCCGAUUAUCUAUUCAAGCUGCGACAAGCUAUGCGAACAGCGUUGCAGAAGACGCUGGGUGAGGUGUUCAACCGAGAAGAGCGAAAUAUUCGUUACUACCUAACUGUGCCGGCUAUUUGGAACGACGCGGGCAAGGCUGCUACGAGAGCCGCCGCUAUCCAGGCCGGUUUCCUUAGGGAUGAGAAUGACAACAGGUUGACGCUUGUCAGCGAACCUGAAGCUGCAUCGCUUUUCUGUGCUAAGACUGGCCUGCUUAACCUAAAAGUCCAUGAUGCCAUCUUGAUUGUUGACUGUGGUGGUGGUACCGUCGACUUGAUCGCUUAUGAAGUCGAAGAUGAAAACCCGUUCACCGUCGCAGAAUGCACGGCCGGUUCUGGUGAUUCGUGCGGCUCUACGGCCCUUAACAGAAAUUUUAGUAAUAUUCUUCGAACUAAAAUUCGCAAGAUGAAGCUACCCGACGGAUCGAAGACUGCUGGUCGUGUAUAUGCCAAAUGUAUUAUGGACUUCGAGAACCGAAUCAAGGCUGAUUUCAGAAACAAUGGUCAGAAGUGGGCUGUCGACGUUGGUAUUGAGGCUGAAUUCCCCGAAGCCGGCAUUGAGGAAGGUUACAUGACAUUUACAAAUGAGGAAAUCCUUCAAUGUUUCGAGCCCGUCGUCAACCGAAUUCUGGAACUCGUACGAAACCAGAUUAUCGCGAUUCAAGCCCAGAACCGGACGUUGCAAAAUAUCCUAGUAGUCGGUGGUUUUGGUGCAUCCGAAUACCUCUUCCAGCAGAUCAAACUCCACGUUCCUCCUCAGUUCCAGUCUAAGGUUGUGCGGCCUAUGGACUCCGUUGCCGCCAUUGUGAAGGGUGCCGUCACUGCUGGCAUUACUGAGCGUGUCAUUACGCAUCGUGUAGCCCGUCGCCACUACUUAAUGGCCACUUUGCAGCCAUUUAAGGAAGGCUACCACCCCGAGGCGUACCGUGUACCGUCGCUGGAUGGCAAGGACCGAUGCAAGUUUACACGGCAAAUUUUCGUACAAAAAGGCCAGAAGGUCAAGAUUGGCGAGCCGGUGAAAGUCUCAUUUUUCCGACAGGUGGCCCCUGGUGCUACUCUCAUGUACGAAGACAUCUUGUACGCCUGUGACGAUGAUGUCUGUCCAGAGUACACUAAAGAUCCUCGUAUAAAGGAAGUAGUCACUCUGACAUCCGAUCUAUCACGCAAGAACCUAGAGAAGGAUUUUGAGCGUAUGGACACGCCUCAGGGUACCUUCUACCGAGUGUAUUUCGACAUUUACCUCACUCUGGAUGGUUCCGAAUUCAGCGCCGAACUAGUCUGCCAGGGAGAGGUUAUGGGCCGCUGCAGAUCUAGAUUCAGGUAG